GACGGGAUAACGAGUGUCUGAUCUUCUGUAAAGAACUUCCUGCACCUUUUAUACGGCCGUGUGCUAUAGCCACUUGACAGGGCGCUUGCGAGGGUCACAUUCGUGACGGUCGAACAUUUCUCGGUCGGUGUAGAACCUCCCACACUUUGAGCACUUCAUGAUUCUGGGCCCCUGCAACUGGAUGAGGUUACGUAAGUAGUCUAGUCUCUUCCGUAAGAUGGUGGGUACUGCGAGGUGUUCGUACGGGAUCCGCGUGCGGAGUAUGACCCGGAGACAGAGGACGGAGAGGCCGUGGACUUCAGUCGAGGGUGCUUCAUCGAGCAGAAAGUCUAACUGCUUGUCUUUAAAGUAAGGUUUGAAAUUACUGAAUGCGUCCACCCUUACACUGGCCGCCUCCCGUAGUCUCUGCUCGUGCUUCGCCGCCCGAGACAGCGCCAUUUUGUCAACCACGCCCCCAAUAUUGCACCCAUGCGCAAACCUAACAAAAUGGCGGAAAGAGCUCUGCUGACAGUGGAAGGAGUGAGUAUACAGCUGAGUGCUCCGGCACAAGUUGUCGGAGAGACAUGUGCAGUGGAGCUAAGAAAUGAGCAGUUGGAUCUGGUAAACGGGGAAACAAGGACAUCACUACCAUUUACAGUCAUCAAGCACAUUGAUCUGCACCAGCCAAUAUUUGGAGCUAACUAUAUUGUCGGGGAGUAUGAGGAUGGAGGGAGAAGACGGUCCUUCACUCUCACCUUCAGGAGAGGAGGAGCUACUGACUUCACCAGACUCUUCUUCAGACUAGCCGCAGGAGAACUACAGCAGGAUGACUCUACAUCUGCUCCUCCAGUCAAUAUAGAGCCCCCACAGGACACACGUGAUGACAAGAAAAACAGAUAAUGGCCUCGUAUGCAUUCAGGAUUUGCUGAUGUUCAUGCAUGUGCAAAAAUUACGAAUGAGAAAAUUGGAGGGGAAUAUCAAACAAAGUUUAUUGACUACAUAAGGCAGGGUGGAGAAUGAAAUUGCAUGCGCGCAGUGUUUUGAAUGGUGAUGAAGGUGCAUGCACACCAGCUGCAUGCGUAUAGGUCGAGGGAGCCGCAGAGUCAAGGAGUACGGUAGGAAAUGUGGAAGACAGCCAUUCCAAAGGUUUUUGGGUAAUUCCUAAUG